AGUCUGAUCUAGACCUCUUCCUCACGAACAACCCUCACGCGGUGUGUGUGGCAACGAAGAAAAAGAGGAUUCAGAGCCUUCUAGAGCCUCCACUGUUGCAAGUUCAACUUGAUUGUCCUGGAAGGGUGUUCCAGGACAACGGUGAAAAGGAAGAGUGUCUCGCAGUAAAGUAGUUUUUCAAGGCAACUAAUAAAAUUACUGACAGCACGAGUCUCAAGAGGAAAUUAGUCAUUUUUUUCAUGUCUGCAGUGAAGACUUAUUCUAAGAAAGGAUUGGAUUAGACUGAAGUUUCAAUACUGUUUUUUUUCGUUUUUGGCAAACGUUGUGGAUUUGAAAGACAAAUAGUUUAAAAAGACUACAAGGAUAAUUUGUGAUUAGGUGAAAGUUAAAAAUAAAGUUAAAUAGAUCAAAAUAACAUUGGUGCAUAAUGUGGCUUUGAUUUGCGUUUGGUGCUGAUUGCUAGGCGUGACAGUAAUUCCCAAAAAGGGGUGAUAGGUGCGGUAGCUGAUAGAACUUGGUUCUAAGCGAGAGUAGAGACUUGAUACUCCCUGCUUAUCUUUCGGGAGGCCACCCUGUCAGGGGUGAUCAACCCAAAUUGGGGAAAAUGGGGUGUGCUCCAUCGGAAUAAGGUCACACACACACUUCACAGUCUCUCAUCUUAUUCUCUCCUUAAGCCAACAUUCUUCAACCCUUGACGUCUUUUGCCUACAAAGUAGCAUCUAUACACUAGGGACCCCACACUCAACAUUUCCAACGACCACAAACCAUCAGAACACAAAAGCUCUCUAUCAGGAGGAAUACCAGUGUCAGAGACUUUCUCUCAAUUUUUUUCUGUGCACCUUCCAAUUAGUUGUAUAUCAACCCGGUAUUCCCAGGAACACCCCUAGUUAUGUAUUCCAGAAGAUGUGUUGGUGUCUAAGCUUCUUCCUCAUCACCAGAACCAUCAGACUAAGUUAGUGUCGCCAAGGCCGCGUAUUAUCAGCUCAUGCUUCUUCACUAGAAGCUAAGGGCGUGAUCGUGAAAAAUAGAGCGUGUUCCAGUGGCUUAAAGUGUCUCUAUUGAGCAUAAACGCAUAAAUACCAUUUAGAAAAAAAAGCCCAAUCCCUAUUAUAAUAUAAGCUCCAUCGUGUGACAAAAAAUAACCACUCCUACUAAUUACAUAAUCUCUGUGCGAGUGUUUUUUUCACUCUCCUCUCUGGGUGUUUCUGUGUGGAAAUUGUACAUUUUCCAUGCGGCAGAGAGUUUGGUAGACAAGAGAACUUAAAACCAUAAGUAAGGUGAAAUAAAAACUCUCUGAAAAGUGAAAGAAUUUAAUAAAAUGUUUCUGUGUACUGUGAAAUGCGAUUGGUGAUUUUGAGGUCGUACUCAAAGCUAAAAUGGCACAAGAUCCACCACCCACUGUGGCCAUUUCAAAGGCUGAAUUAGCAUCAGAGGCAACAAAACGUCACCACCAUUCAUCAAUGGAAUGUUUCUAUCAUCGGAAAUUGGGACGUUGAUAGAGAAAAAGAAUACACCCCAAAAAAAAACUCUUCCACCGUCAGAUUGUGCACCAAUAUAAAAUGAUCACAAUGCAAAUUUUGACCAUCCUAUUGGUAGUUUUUCACCAAACACACAACAUGUAACAUUUUGAAAUUAAUUUAUUUUCUGGAACAUAUUUAUAAAUGAGAGAAAAAGUGUCGGAAAGGCCCACAACGCGAGAAAUUUCCUCUGAAACAUAGCGGAUGUGAAAGCCAUUUUCGACUCAACUGAUAUUUGCAUGGAAGAAGAGCUCCUAUAAAUGAAUUGAAGUCAGACAAAAGUUAACAUUUAUUAAACCUUAUUAAAUAAAAAAAAACAAGCCCAGAAUAUACUUGAAUUAAAUUAAAUAGAAAAAGAAGUAAAGACGACUAGUUUAAGGUAAUUAAAAAAAAAGGAAGCUUAUGCCAAAGAAUGAGAGAAGAUAUACCUGGAUAAAAUAAUUAAAAAUAAAAAUUUUCAAUUAAAAUACAUUUUAAUACCUAACAAAAAUUAACAUAAAACGUUUGUCGUUUAAAUAAAAAGUGUAUUGCUGUAUCAAAUUUAAAGCGGAUUGCACAAAAAAUACCCCAUGUGAAGUCCGUCGUUUAACAGCAAAAGCUCGAGAUAAAGCAAAUUUGAUGCGCUUAUGUACGUAGAGUUUAUAUAAAUUGUAGAAACCUAAAAUGCAAAUAAAAGUGAAAAUCAGUAAAAAUUAAAUUAAAAAUUCGUAAACAUGUGGCAGGAUAAAACUAAUAGAUAAAGGAAUGUAUAAUGGAGAACAAACACACGGAGGACUUGUGGUAUUAGUGGUUAGAGAUAAUAUCCAAAAAACAAAACUAAUUUUUCCACAAAAGUAAAAACAAAAACAGAAAAAUAGCGUAGAGAGAUAAACGUGACAAAAUAAACAAAAAAAUUAAAUUAAAUUGUAGCAGUUUGAGACGGUGAAAAAAAAAUGUGGUCUCUCAAAAUUGUCAGCCUUAUAAUUCUCCUGAAAUUGGACGAAGUUUUUCUGCAAAAGCUAGCAUUUGGAGAAAAUCCCUCGUUCUACAACAUUGGUGGAGUUUUGAGCAGCAAUGACAGUGAAACACACUUCAAAACAACAAUUGCGCAUCUCAACUUUGAUCAGCAGUACGUUCCACGUGGGAUUACGUACUACGAUAAGACGAUACGAAUGGACAAGAAUCCCAUAAAAACGGCCCUUAACGUGUGCAAGCAUCUAAUAUCAGAGAGGGUGUACGCCAUGGUGGUAUCCCAUGAACAGAGUGGGGAUCUAUCACCAGCAGCCGUCAGCUACACCAGCGGUUUCUACCAAAUCCCCGUCAUUGGAAUUUCAUCCCGUGAUGCAGCAUUCUCUGACAAAAAUAUCCACGUGUCAUUUCUUCGUACUGUACCACCGUACUAUCACCAGGCAGACGUUUGGCUGGAGAUGCUGAGUCACUUUGGUUACACAAAGGUUAUCAUCAUUCACAGUUCCGACACGGACGGAAGAGCUAUUCUGGGACGCUUCCAGACCACAUCGCAGACAAAUUACGAUGACAUUGAUGUCCGGGCAACGGUGGAGUCUAUUGUGGAGUUUGAACCCAAGUUGGAUAGCUUUACAGAGAAUCUGCUGGAAAUGAAGACAGCACAGUCAAGAGUUUAUCUACUUUAUGCCAAUAAAGACGACGCUUCCAUCAUAUUCCGGGACGCCGCAGCACUCAACAUGACUGAAGCCGGAUACGUGUGGAUUGUCACAGAACAAGCCCUCGUUGCUAACAACACUCCCUUCGGAGUCAUAGGUUUACAACUGGUCCACGCGCACAGCGAAAAGCAGCAUAUACGAGAUAGCGUGUACGUUCUGGCGUCGGCAAUCAAAGAGAUGCGCCUGAAUGAAACAAUUACAGAGGCACCAAAGGACUGUGAUGAUUCUGGCGCAUUGUGGGAGUCUGGCAAGAGAAUUUUCAACUACCUCAAAACGAGAAACAUCCGCGGAGAUACGGGUCAAGUGGCAUUCGAUGACAAUGGCGAUAGGAUCUACGCAGAGUACGAUGUCAUUAAUAUUCGAGGAAAACAGAAAAAGCAAAUCGUCGGGAGUUUUUACUACGAUGCUGACAAGCAGAAGAUGCGUCUUCGGAUCAACGACAGUGACAUCAUAUGGCCGGGAAAGUUACUUCGAAAGCCAGAAGGUAUCAUCAUUCCCACUCACCUAAAGGUGCUCACGAUCGAGGAGAAGCCCUUCGUAUAUGUCCGUCGUCUAACGGAGGAUGAGGAAGGGUGUCAAUUGGAAGAAAUCCCCUGUCCACACUUUAAUGUUAGCGAUGGCACAGAGAACGAAUUCUGCUGCCGUGGUUAUUGCAUUGAUCUUCUGCGUGCCCUUGCGACUCGCAUCAAUUUCACUUUUGACCUCGCUCUUUCGCCCGAUGGUCAAUUUGGUCAUUACGUUCUGCGUAACGUUAGCACAACGGGCGUUCAGGUGAAGAAGGAGUGGACAGGUUUGAUUGGUGAGGUGGUAAAUGAGCGUGCAGACAUGAUUGUAGCACCACUCACAAUCAAUCCAGAAAGAGCGGAAUUCAUUGAAUUUUCAAAGCCAUUUAAGUACCAGGGCAUUACGAUCCUGGAGAAAAAACCCUCCCGAUCCAGUACCCUCGUGUCCUUCUUGCAGCCCUUUAGCAAUACAUUGUGGAUCCUCGUUAUGGUAUCCGUGCACGUAGUAGCCCUUGUACUCUAUCUUCUUGAUCGUUUUUCACCCUUUGGGCGCUUCAGAUUAUCCAAUAGCGAUGGCACAGAAGAGGAUGCUCUCAAUCUCAGUUCAGCCAUUUGGUUUGCAUGGGGAGUACUCCUGAACAGUGGCAUUGGAGAGGGUACUCCCAGAAGCUUCUCAGCUCGGGUGCUGGGAAUGGUUUGGGCCGGUUUCGCCAUGAUCAUUGUGGCAUCAUACACUGCCAAUUUGGCGGCCUUCCUCGUGUUGGAGCGCCCCAAAACCAAACUCUCGGGCAUCAAUGAUGCCCGUCUGAGGAAUACUAUGGAAAAUUUGACAUGUGCAACCGUUAAGGGCUCCGCGGUGGACAUGUACUUCCGACGUCAGGUUGAAUUAUCCAACAUGUAUCGCACUAUGGAGGCCAACAAUUAUGCCACAGCCGAAACUGCUAUCCAGGACGUAAAGGAUGGCAAACUUAUGGCUUUCAUCUGGGAUUCAUCCCGUCUAGAAUAUGAAGCGGCCAAAGAUUGUGAACUUGUGACAGCUGGUGAACUAUUUGGACGCAGUGGAUAUGGAAUAGGAUUGCAAAAGGGUUCCCCCUGGACAGAUCAUGUCACCUUGGCCACUCUUGAGUUUCACGAAAGUGGCUUUAUGGAAUCUUUAGACAAACUUUGGAUCUUCCAUGGGAAUGCCCAGCAGUGUGAACAAUUUGAGAAGACUCCCAAUACGCUAGGACUGAAGAAUAUGGCUGGUGUGUUUAUUCUCGUGGGAGCUGGAAUUGUCGGUGGCAUUGGACUCAUAAUCAUCGAAGUGAUAUACAAGAAGCAUCAGAUUAAGAAGCAAAAACGGAUGGAAAUUGCCAGACAUGCUGCUGACAAAUGGCGUGGAACUAUUGAGAAACGAAAAACCUUGAGGGCCUCCCUAGCGAUGCAGCGUCAAUACAACAUUGGACUGAACUCGACGCCGGGAACAAUCAGUCUGGCUGUCGAUAAGCACCCCCGCUUUCCGCCCCGAUUGGGUCCCCGUGGACCAGAGCGUGCCUGGCCCGGUGAUUCUGAUCUCAUUCGCAACCGUCGCCUCGAGGAGAGGGGCUUCAAGGCACCCCCAAAGUAUUCACCCGCGUACACCUCUGAUGUCUCCCAUUUGGUCGUGUAACUUCCGACAAUUCGUUUUGGGAUGUUUCAGAGGUGUUUUGUCUAUGGGAAAUUCCAUGUGCUUCCUCUUGCAACUCUCAAUAUUCAAGUACAAAUAAUUCACUUCCUUCCACUUGUAUCAGUUCCUGCUUCAGUACUCAUCCUAUUUGGAACCUUUUUUUUGCUCCUUCAUUUUCUCCCAUCGUCAUUCCAAGUUAGAAUCAUUCAAGUGCACAAAAUUCAUCAGAUUACAUUCACAGUUUUUUUUACCGCUCUUCUUAUCACACAGACACAUCAGGAUAAUAUAUGAGGAAAAAGCAAUAUUAAUGUGUAAUAAUUUUCACGAGUCAAUAGAGCAGCAGGAGAAAGCACAACAUUUUCCACUCAAGCCUCCUCCUUAGAAAAAAAAACUAGUAGAAAAAAAAUAAACCAAUGUAAAUAGGAAGCAAAAGAAAAGUUGUUGUAGAAAAAACUAUAUGGAAAUUGUAAGAGAAAUAACAAAACAAAUUAAAUGAAAAUCAACUGCCAAAGAUUUUUUUUCGUAACACUCUAACUUGUAGAUAAAUUAGAAGAAAAAAAUAAAUAAAUUGUGAGAGAGAUAAAAACCAAAUAAAUUUGUAAAUAGUAAAAAAAAAACAGAAAACAUAAAGAAAAGACGUUUCUUCCCCAUCAAAAAAAAAACAUAAAGAGUCGUGAAGAGAAUAUUGUAACACUAAUUAUAGAAAUUGCUGUAAAAUGUGAAAUGAUGGUGUGUAUUUAAGCAGAAGAUAACAAAAAUGAUAAUAUAUUUUUUGAAAUACACCUAUUAGUCUUAUACGGAAGGCCUAUAAGUUAAUUAUUGAAAAUAAAUUGAUGCAUAUGAUUUUGCUAGUUGCUAGAGGUGCGCGAUAGUAGAUGAAAUUUAAUUCAAUUGAAAACUGUCUUGUAGCUCAGUUUUUUGAAAGAGAUUGCAAGAAAAAAAGUUUGAGAUAAAAAAAAUUAUAGAAUUAACAAAAUGUUGAAAAGAAAAAUUAUUUAAAGCCAGAAACAAAAGUCAACAAAUGACAUUUUUGACUAUUUUCUCUUAUUAAAAUACCAUUUAAAAAAGAAAAGAAACAGGUAAAACAAAGUGUUUUUUAAAUAUAAUAAAAAAGUGAGAAAGUUACUAAUAUAGAACAUUUUUAUUCGGAGAUUUUGAUGAAGGCGCAAAAAGGCAAAAAAUAUAUGAGGGGAGACAAAACCCACCAAGAUAAAAUUAUAAAAAUUAAUUAAUUGCGGUGCAUAAAACACGAUAAAAAUUAAUGAAAAAAAAUCUGUCUCUGCUACUGAAACCACCAGUUCCAUUUAUAAACAAGAGAAAACAGCCCGAAAAAAAACAAGAAAUUCUUCUGUAUAACAAAAUGCAACAAAACGCACGUUAACGAAAAUAAUAAGUGUCAGGAUAACAGUAUCCAAUAAAAAGAAAUUAACUCUGUAACGUACAAUAAAAGAAACACGUAAUUAAAAAACAAAUACCAUUUUAAACUACUUAAUUAAAUGUGAAAGAAUUAACAAAAGAAAACAAAAUGUGUAAAUAGAACAAAAAAAGCUCACAUUUUAAAUAGAAUUGUCUCGUUGUCCCUUUGAACCCAAAGUGGUUUAACCAAUGAAUGGAAUAAAUGAAAAGAAAAAAAAAACAAACAAA